GCUGCUGCUCCUGAUUGGAUUGGGCGUCAGGUCCGAGGCUGCAAAGCCGGCACAUGCGCACAUCUGUCUGUUGAGCCAGUGCUGUGUCUGCUCUGUUUACUUUAUCAUCAAACCGGCCGCUGCAGAAACAGCAACACGUAAUAACACCCGACACAGCCAGCGCAGCCGUCGGACCAGCGCUGAAAUGUCGGCGAAUUACGCGGCGGGGCUCUCUCCUUACCCGGACAAAGGGAAAUGUGGACUCCCUGAGAACUUUGACCCCCCCGAGGAUCUGGAGCGGAAGGUUCUAGAGCUGGCAGAGAUGAUCCGGAACGCGCGGAACGUGGUGUUCCACACCGGGGCCGGAAUCAGCACCUCCGUGGGCAUUCCAGACUUCAGGGGUCCGAACGGCGUGUGGACGAUGGAGGAGAAGGGUCUGGCCCCCCGCUUCGACACGACCUUCGAGGAGGCGAGGCCCAGCAGCACUCACCUGGCCCUGCUGGCGCUGCAGCGGAGUGGCUCGCUCAAGUACCUGGUGAGCCAGAACGUGGACGGACUGCACGUGCGCUCGGGAUUCCCCAGAGACCUGCUCUCCGAGCUCCACGGGAACAUGUUUGUAGAGGAAUGCAUCAAAUGUGGCAAGCAGUACGUGCGGGACGCCGUGGUCGGGACGAUGGGUCUGAAGCCGACGGGCCGGCUGUGUGACGUCCCCAAAUCCAGGGGGCUGCGAGCCUGCCGAGGCAAACUGAGAGACACCAUCCUGGACUGGGAGGACUCUCUGCCAGACAGGGACCUGAACAGAGCAGACGAGGCCUGCAGGAGUGCGGACCUGGCCGUCACUCUGGGGACCUCCCUGCAGAUCAAGCCGAGCGGAAACCUGCCACUGCUGACCAAGCGCAACGGGGGCCGACUCGCCAUCGUCAACCUGCAGCCCACCAAGCAUGACAAGCACGCUGACCUGCGUAUCCACGGCUACGUCGAUGAUGUCAUGACCAAGCUGAUGAAGCACCUCGGGCUGGAGAUUCCGGAGUGGGAGGUGCCUGUGGUGCGGGAGAGUUCCGAGGUCGUCCUGGAGACGGUGAAACGGGAAGCCAAGUCAGAGCCCCUCUCUGCCAAGACGGAGACCAAACCCCAACCGGUCACUCCAAAACCAGAGCCGCGCUGUCACCAAAACGGGACUCGCCAGGACAACGGUGAAAAGACAGUGGAGCAGGAGGAGGCUACAGGAGACUUUCCGAGCCCGGAGUCAGCGGACACCAAACAGGACUGCCAGCCAGUGAGCAAGAGAGCCAAGCUGGAGCCUUUAGUAGCGUGAACGAAACCGUCAGGAAAACACGCGGCCUGCAACACCUCGUCUUAUACGUCCGAGACACACAGGGCUGUCUUUAAUACUUGUCUUUUGUUUUUUAAAGCUACUUUUACAGGGCUGUAGUGUAGACACAAAGACAAUGAUAGAAAGAAUGAAAGGUAAAGUGAGCACAGGAAUUGGGACUGUUUGUGAACGCUUAUCACUGAAGGUUUCCUGCAUCACUGCUGUGAAAGGGAUCAAGCGUCUCGUUUUGAAGCAGUCUUGUCUGGGUGAAUGCAACGCUGGGGUGAUGACGCUGGCGGAUUGCUGCCUGUGGGAGUUGCAUACAUUAGCGGGUCACGCGACAGCAGGGAGAGGUCUAAAGAUUUCAUUACAGAUUCACAUGUCCUCGCUCGGAUCAGCAUAUCGUUUGCAGCCCGUCAGUCCAGGAGAGAGGCGACCUUGUGAGAUCUCUCUGAGGUUCCCAUUUAGAGCUGCUGUUUCUAUAUGCAGACCGUUAAUAACUGAGACACAGAGUCGUGAAUGUGAAUACUGAGAGGCAGCUGAAGGUAGGGCUGCACACAUUGUUUAUUCAGAUAUUCAGCUUGAGCGCUCCCCACAGACAUCAGGUGCUGGCAAUCAGACGAGGGUCAUUGGUGUUGGUCAGGCUAAUUUACCACGAACGGUGAAACGAGAGAAGAAACAGCCGCUUGAGUUUGUGCUGAUUGCUGCUUUUCAUUGGGCAACAUCGAUCAACACUCCCAAGCAGCUACUUCACUCGUUCCUCUUGGAAUGGGGAAUCCGCUCGGGCACCGCCAGUGACCCUCAACGCAGGAGAGCUUGAUCUCAUAACUGAAUAAUCAGUUUGGGUGAUUGGAUUGGGUGACAAACCUUCUGGACACGCGUCCGUUUCAAUGUCUGUAACGGAGGAUUCGUAAUUCUAUUUUACAUACUGUAUUAAAACAAACAAAAAAAAAGAUUGGUUUUCAUUUCAAGUCUGAUUUUCAAGGUUAUAUUUUCAAAGUAGCUGCUUGGUUGAAGUUAAUCCCAAAACGGAUGUCUGAUUCGCACCUGGAACGUGAGUUCUUUACAGAAGGAGAUGUUUUACAGCAGCUUGGUGUUUCGCCUCGGGGAGGAGGGGAGGGGGGGGUGAAGGAGACCACAUGCGCUUUAUUAAAAAACAUUACAAAAAUAAAGUCACGAUGCUAUCCCUAAGAAGAUGAUUACACAGUGUGAGAGAACGCGAUUCUACAAGAACAGCAGUGCCAGUGUCUGCGGGGGCGUGAGGCUCAGACUGCCUCCUUCCUGCCCCACGGGAGAGACGCGCUUCCAUCCAGGGCUCCACGGGGGGGCGCCAUUCAGACGGGGGCAUUUCGCAAAGGAAGCCGUUUUUAAUUGUAUAUUAUUAUUUUUUAUUUUAUAUAAAACUGAUUUCAGGGGUGAGCUUGCUUCCGAUUCCUUGGCCCCCCAAGCUCUCUGCAUUGGUUUACUGCUGUGAGUGAUCCGUGACCUUCCUGUAAUUCAGAUAUAUUUUUAUAAGUAGAACAGGCGAUGUAAAGAAGCCGCACAGUAAUAAUGGGCGUGUUUUGGUCUGCGCUGGGUUCUGUAUUAGGACCCCUGAAUAGCUAAG